GACGAUAUUUGGCUAAAUACCUGCAAGGCUAAGGAUAAGAUAGCCGGUUUUUAGGGUUCCUAAAAAAAAAUUAAAUACGUUUUAAAGGACGCUACCGCACUUUGGACCCUCCAGACAAAAUAGACCUACCUAUUUUUUCUAAUUUUUUCGAUGUUUUGUUGUGGGACAUUAAGUCAGGGUGUAUGAAUGUGCAAUUUAACGUAAAAUAAUGCCGCUGUUUUUUUUAAAUCAUUUUAUUAAUAUUUAAGGAGUUCUAAGAAUUGAUUUAGGGGUGCGUUCAAACUUUUCGUUCCUAUUACAUUUAUUUCAUUUUGAUGGCAAGUUGAAAAAUUGGACAUUAUUUAAGAGGAUAGAUAGUCAACAAAAUAAUUUAAAAUCAAACAGUGCCUAAAAAACAUUGUACAUGCCGUACCUAUCAGCUUUAAUCGUAAGUCCACUUUAUUCACAUGAAAAAAUAUAACCCAUGCAAAUAUCGCUAUCUCUUUCUAUCGUACCACUGUCUUUUUGUCGGCCCUCUCCGACAGAAUCAGUGACAACAAAUGAGAAGGGGGAGAGGACGCAAAAUAGCAUAAAUGCCAUGCUUUUAUAAUUUUAUAAACAGUACGAUUUGGACAGCGGUCAAUUGAACACGUGAAUUGAGUUAUGCACAAACUAUUUCAAUAAAUAAAAAUCAUUAGGCAUUAUAUUCGCCAUUUGUGCAAUAAAAUAUAAAUCAAUAAACCUUAGUCAGUGAAUAAAAUCUGUUCUAAACGACAAGUUGGUGUUUAAAGCACAUUGUACCUAUAUCAGGUUUUGCCACAAUGGCGAUGAAAAAGAAAUUAGAAGAAUUAAGGACUGUACUCGAAAAAAUCAAAUACGUGAGAGAAGGUAUCAAUGUCACCGAAACCACAUUAUCUAAAAUGUGUUUAUCACCACAAGAAAAACAAUGUGCGGCUAAUGUCCAGAAUGAAAAGGUGCUAGCAGCGACAGCAAAAGUGGACAAUAUACACACAAAACUAAGUGAACUAGAAGAACAAAUGAAGGCGGAAUUGAAUAAUAUCAAAAGGCCAGAAUUUACAUCACCUAAAUUUCGCCAUCCGCUAAAUUUUCUUGAAGAUCUAACCGAUUACUUAGAAGAUAUACCUAGUGAAUAUCGCACAGUUGAAAACAUAGUUGAUUGUUUACAAGGAGACGCUUACAGUUGGGCAAUAAUAUUUAAAGAACGUUGGUCGAAUAUUGAAGAUUUUAAGAAAGAUUUUCUUGAAUACUACUGGGGCCACGCCGAACAGAGCCUGCUGAGGAGAGAAAUUGUUUGCGGUGUAUGGGAUAGUAAACGAGAGACUAUGGCAGAGCACUUUACUCGUCUGGAAGCUCAAGCAAAAUUGCUUACCAGGAAAAUCGCCGAUGAAGACUUGAUAUUCGACAUCAUGAGUCAUUUUUCAGAGAUUGUCCUAAGUAAGUGGCAGGUAAGUAGGCAAAGAACUAUAUCAGCAGCAGUUGCUUUUCUACAGCAAAUGGAUAAUGAACUGCCAGAUAAGUGUAAAAGUACUAAACCGAAAAUUAGACAACCGAUAUCUGAUGACAACGUAAUAGAUCUAAAUGAUACAGAUGAAGAUUAUGACGAUAUCGAUGACGCACCUAUGGUGCGUUUUAAUGAACAACACAAUAAACACAUAGUCAGUUCAAUUGAACAAUGCGAAAAGUUGGUAAAAGAAACUGUAAUUAUUCCGACUCAAUUAACAGAAAAGAGUAAAGAAGCCCUUAGUCAGAGUUCAGGUAAUCAAAUAAUAAACAUUAAUGCUCAGAAACCAGUGUGGGAAAAGAUGUGGACAAACUGGCCAUAAAGAAUAUAAACUUAUUUAUGACAAAAUUAAACAAUGUACUUAAAAUUACUUACCUAAAAUAACUGUCUGAAAUUAUUGUAACUAUACUUAGGUGGUAGUAUAACCCUUGGAGUGGUAGGCCGUCGACUCCCAGCCGAUUAUGUCAUUUAAAUUUCAAAUUUGAUUAAUUGAAAUAAAAUCGAAAUUCCAAUCACUCAAAAACUACAUAUACAUAUGCCACUUGAAGAGUUAUGACCAGGAGACGACGUUGUGUUACCAUGACGUAUUUGUAUUGUCUUUUUACUUUGUUUUAAUUUAGUGUUGAUAUUCCAUGUAUUUUAUAGAAUUUAAGGGUAUUUACUUUUAUAUCGUAAUAUAACUAAAAUAUAUCAUAUA